AAGGACGCUAAGUGCGCUUGCGCAGCAUAUUUUCCCUCUGCAAAUUUCGUUUCGAGACAAUUUUUUCUUCUGCUGGUUGUGUGUAACUGUAUGGCCAGAUACAUGAGGCCUCCAAACUCGUCUUUGUUUGUAAGGAACAUCUCCGAUGAGUCCAGGCCUGAGGAUUUGCGGCGUGAGUUUGGCCGCUAUGGGCCGGUAGUAGAUGUCUACAUCCCACUUGACUUCUAUACACGUCAACCAAGAGGAUUUGCAUACAUUCAAUUUGAGGAUGUGCGCGAUGCAGAAGAUGCUCUUCACAGCUUGGAUAGGAAGUGGGUUUGUGGUCGGCAGAUUGAGAUCCAGUUCGCUCAGGGUGACAGAAAGACACCCAAUCAGAUGAAAGCAAAGGAGAGGCGUUCUCCAGGCCGAUCCUCUCGAUACGACGACUACGAUCGGGACCGACGCAGGCGCUCGCGGAGCCGCAGCUACGACAGAUACAGAUCACGCAGCCCGUCUUACGACCGCCGUCGCAGACGGUCGGAGAGUCCUCGAGAGCCUCGUGGACGGAUGUAUGCAAGAGGAAGAAGCAGGAGCCGUGAGGAAGACAGAUACAAACAGCGGCCUCGGAGAGAGUCCAGAGAACGAUCCAGAUCUGCGUCUCCGCGGGAGAACAUCAACCCGCCUUCAGCCUCCCAUUACACCGAGGAGGAAGUGAGGCGGAUGCAUUCACCCUCGCGCUCCAGAUCCAGGUCUGCAUCGAGGUCGCGCUCCCGUUCUCGGUCCCGGUCCUGGGCCGGACGCAAGUCCGGGGGACGCUAAGCCGGAUCGGCCUCCCUUCUCCUCCCCCCUCCCAACCUGGUUGUUAAGAAAAGAUGCUUGCUCUACAUGAAUGUGAUGCCCACUGAACCAUGUAAGAAGCUCUGUUUUUAGAAGAGCGCAGUUUGGUUUCUUUUUAUCAUUAAUACGUCCUGAAAAGAAAAUUAAAGGCUGGUUUCUUUGUUCAGUGGUACCCAGUCAGGAUUUUUUUGUUUGUUUAAGAACAGUUGCUGAUCUUUUUUUUUUCACCCUGCUAAACAGAUUUUUGCUAUUUAAAAAAAAAAACUUCAGUAUUUUAAAAAAAAUACCAGGUCUGUUAAUGAAUCAAAGUGUUUUUUUGUGUUUUACCACAUUUACAAGAAAUCUACUUUGAGUUUUACUGCUAACCACCUUCCACACGCCUGUUUUUUAUUAACCAAAAGAAGCAGCGUUGUCAGUUUCUGUAAAGUUUGGAAGCUAAAUGUGCAGAAAUGAUGCUGUUGGUCCUUAAAAGUGUUAAACUGUCACAUCUGUACAUUUAGUUUUUUUUGUGUGAGGUUUUCUGUAAGUAGAUUUUUUUGUUUUGUUUUUUUGCAAAUGGCAUUUUACUACUUUUUUUUUUUUGUUUGUUUCUGUCCAAAUAUCAGUUUUAAGAAGAGAAACAGAAGUUUCUCGUCCGUUUACUCGACUGUUGACUUGUUGCAUGUUUUAUCCUCCUGAUCCAUUAUCUUUAGUAGGAAGGUUAUUUUGAGUAAUAAAUUGAUAACGUUCAUUAAA